AAAACAACCACAGCCUACACAACUACACACAAUGUCUCAGAUCGCCGGUAAAGAAGUAGGCCCCAUUGGCUUCGGCCUGAUGGGCUUGACCUGGCGAGCAACACCACCAUCCCAGGAGCAGGCCUUUGAGGCCAUGCGCGCAGCCAUCAAGAAUGGAUGCACUUGCUGGAACGGAGGCGAGUUCUACGGACCACCCAACUACAACUCCCUGGUGCUGCUGCAGCGGUACUUUGAGAAAUACCCCGAAGACGCCGACAAGGUCGUCAUCAAUAUCAAAGGCGGUUCCAGCCCCAAGACACUUCAGAUAGAUGCCUCGCCCGAAAAUACCCGCCGUUCCCUCGACGACUGUCUCGCCCAGAUGGGUAGUCGCAAGAAACUUGAUCUUUUCGAGUACGCCCGUCGAGAUGCCAAUGUACCUCUGGAUGUCUCCUUUGGGGUUAUUGAGGAAGAGUAUAUCAAGACUGGCAAGCUUGGCGGCAUCUCCCUCUCGGAAGUCCGCGCCGAGACCAUUCAUGAAGCCGUCAAGCAUACCAAGGUUCUCGCUGUCGAGGUCGAGCUCUCUCUAUUCUCCACCGAUGUCCUGCACAAUGGUGUCGCAGCGGCCUGCGCCCAGUACGGGAUCCCACUGAUCGCCUACUCCCCCGUCGGCAGGGGCAUGCUGACGGGCCAGUUCAAGAAAUUCGAGGACCUGCCCCAGGACUCGAUGCUGCUCCAAUUCGGCUUUCCCCGUUUCCAGAAGGAGAACUUUGAGAAGAACUUGGAGCUUGUGGACAAGGUUGAGCAGCUCGCCCGGAAGAAGGGGUGCACGCCGGCGCAGCUCGCCAUCAACUGGACGAGGGCGCUGUCGAGACGGCCUGAGAUGCCGACCAUCAUCCCUAUCCCCGGCGCCACGACUGUCGCUCGCGUGGAGGAGAACAGCAAGGUUAUUGAAAUCACGGAUGACGAGAUGGCCGAGAUCGAUGCCAUCCUGGCCACGUUCACGACAGCUGGGGAGCGCUAUCCUGCGGCAUUGGCAACAAAUACGUAG